AUGGAGAACGACAAGGGAGAGCUCGUCGAGCUUUACGUUCCGCGCAAGUGCAGCGCCUCCAACCGCAUCAUCCGUGCCGACGACCACGCCUCCGUCCAGAUUGCCGUUGCCAAGGUCUCCGAGGAUGGCCGUGCCAUUGCUGGCGACAACCAGAUCUACGCCCUGUCCGGCUUCGUCCGCGCCAUGGGUGAGGCCGACGACUCGAUGAACCGCCUGCUUCAACGCGAUGGAUACCUGAAGAGCGUCUGGUCUGCCCAGCGAUAA